CAGUUGGGAGUCAUUGCAAAAUUUGUCAGCAUCAACUGGGAAUAUCACAAAUUUUUGUUUUCAAAAUUCAUACGAUCUGGCAGCACUAAAGAUGGCCACACUGCGCUUCCUGGCUCACCGGAGGAUUGUCGACUGUUGUCGCCGUCUGCUGAGCACGGAUCUGGUCACAGCUCUCCGUCCGUUCUACCAGGCCAUUCAGACGGACCGCCUGGCCCACAGUCCGGCGGAGAGGCGGGUCAACGAGGAGUCGCUGCGGCUGCUCAGCUCCCACCUGGAGUCCCUGACUGGAACCUCACCCGGCAGCUGUCUUCCGCCCGACGGCAAGCUGGAGUUCUACAUGCCCGCGAGUUCGGAUGAAAUGGGUGGGCAGGUGGUAAGCCGUCUGGUUAGGGUGCAGGUGGACCGGAGUCUGUUGGACCCCAGGGCGGUGAUAAGAAACAUACUGAGGUCCUGUAAACUGCUGCCGAAGGAGAAGGAACCUAACCAAGUUAAGCAGUGCCCAGAACAUGAGAUGGAAAAGGAGUUGGAAAAAGUGCUGAGGAAGGAGCCAAUAAAGCCGGUUAGGGAGAAAGUAAGACCGCCCCAGGCGCCAGCGGCAGUCCAAAAGAACUUCAGCGCCCUGAAGGACAGCCUCUUCAGGGAAACCCAAACAGAGAACUACCUGGACACCUGGAUGCGUCAGGCCCUGGCCCGCUUCCAGACCUCGGAGGUCACCUCUCUUCGCGCCAAAAUAGAGAGUCUAGAGGGAUUACUGGUCCAAUUGCUGGGCAUUCGGGGCACCCGCUACGAUUGUGGCUGCAACAUGGAGCGCUACUACCAUUGCCUACGGAAUCUCCAGGAGUUGGCCGAGGAUCGUGCGGUCACCAGCCCGCUGGGAGCUUUGCAAAACAGAUUUGUGGUCUUUGCCCCAUACACUGGCAUUAGUUUGGAGGGCGAUGUAAUGCUCUUCUCCGGCGAUUCCCCCGCGGGAUGGCUUGCGUUUCUCGUCGAGAUGCGUUUGCACGAGGAGCAAUUAAAGUUGGUUCCCCUGUACGAGAAGGCCCUGUCCGCCGUGCUGCUUGGGAUCCGGAUUGAGAGGCGUAAGGUGCCGGAGCCGGGCUGUGAGGCCCGGGCCUACGCUGACAGCCUGAAGCGGGUCAUCCGGGCGGUGAGCGAGCACCUAAAGCUGGAGGAGAGUGUCCAGGAGCUGCCGGCAUCUUUGCAGGAUCAUCAGUUGGCCGUUGUGCCGGACAGUGAUGCACCGAAGGUCAGUCAAACUGGCCUCUUCCUGGCACCCGCCUCCUGUUCCGGCCCCCAACUGGUGAAGUUCAUCUGCCGGAAUCUGGAUGUGGCCAGAGGCCGCUUCAGUCGCUACCGCCGGGACAUCCAGGUGGAGCGGCAGUUGUGGCGGCAAUGCCAGGAGGAACUUGGUCUGCAGCGACUCAGCAAGGACGACUCCGUGACCCCGGACAAAAUGGUCGUGGCCCUACGGCACUUACUCCAGAGUGGCGUCAAGUCCUGCCGCGGUCUGAGUCUGCACAUUACCAACUACUGGUCGGUGCCCACCGAUGGCAUAGUCUGCAUUCCCUGGGACUUUAUGUUCCGCGAAAAAUAGGGACUCCCCUCCGAAGUUACGAAGAAGUUGUGCCACCUAAAUUGAUAAAUAUAAAUUAGCUAUAAGUUUUGGCUUACAAUUGGAA